CACCGCUGUCGCCUGCACCCCGGCCUAGAGCACUCCAUCCGCAUCGGCAUCUCUACCGCUGCAGCACGUCGCACAACUAACGACUAGCCUCCUCAUCCGCGACGUGUCUGUGUGACGUGGCCUCCGCCAGCAAUUCCAUUGACGUAUUCCCGUUGCGCAAAGUACAAAAACGCCUUGCACCACCAUGUCGUCCCCCGCGCAGAGUCCUCGCGAACCCGACGAGCCCGAUCAGGAAGCGCCCACGCCGAGCGGCAAUGACAAUCAGAACGCCGACGACAGCGAAAUGAACAGAGGCGACGAUCCCAACGCCGGUUACGACUUUGAGAUCAAGGAGCAGGAUAGGUGGUUGCCCAUUGCCAAUGGUAAGUCCAGCCUUGCGUCACCCAUCCUCGCUUUUGACUGGCUUCCACCCUCACGGUCCCCCUGCCCAUGCCACUCACCUGUGCUACAUCUCCCCUUCCUGCCUUUCCUUGCAAGCAUCAGCGCUAGCCCGCCGCAUAUAAAUCUGCCGCGCUGCAUCUGGCGUUUCGCAUCUGCACUCUCGACGAAUCAGAGCAAGCACCGGACAACCAUCACCUCGCGUCUCUGCAGCUCUCGCGGCUGUUUCGACGAAUAACGAUCCAUCAUGCCUGCAUUAUCCAACCCCCCCUCUUCCCCUCGU